CAUUUGGCGCCAAAGUAACAAAUAUUUAUUAAGAGCAACAAGUUGUGCGGUUUAUAUUAUUAUUGCAAAUUAAAAGCCAUGGAUGAAUUGGCGCAGUUGCGCAAACGCAUUACAACUUCAUUUAAGUUGUGCGGUUUUCUUAUACGUUCCGAGAACAGCAACUUUCUCGCGGAGCAGCUGAUACCCUUUGAGCCCGCCGAGCGCGAAAAAUGGAUGACGGUCAUUACAGAGAAUCUACAGGGACAAAAACUAUCAACCCCCCACGUCGAACGGGAAUCACUAGAAAAAGCCAUUAACGAGUUAAAUCGCGUUGGCCUGGACGAAGGUGAAACCGUAUUUUCGGUCAUCGAUGCCUUCACUGUGCCUCGCUAUCGCUACAAUACGCGAAUCAAGAAAUUUGAGCGGGAUACGCAACCAAGACGCCUCCUCACCCAACCUCGCAUGAAAUCGGAUUAUCUGCAGCAGCGCUAUGCCAUGUUGUUGCAGAAAACCCUGCGACACGAUCUCUUCGCACCCGCUGUCAUACAAGAUGGAGUUGCAGCUGAAGCACAGACGAAGAAAUUCAAAUUGCAGUAUGCUGAGAAUUUGUUGGCCACCUCGAAUAUGAAGGAAGCUGUGGUGCUGGGCUUGCUUACCCAGCUUAAGGAGGGUAAAUUCUAUGUGGAAGAUCCAACGGGCAGCGUGCAACUCGAUCUGAGUGGCGCUCGCUUUCAUGCUGGCUUCUUUUGCGAGGGUUGCUUUGUGCUCGCCGAGGGCAGCUAUGCGAAUGGUGUGCUCAAGGUUGAUGGUCUGGGCUUUCCACCCGCUGAGGUGGCGAGCAGCAGUCGUGCCUUCUUUGGAACUGGAAACACUUGGGGCGGCGAGUCCGCCAAGCUGCUAAAAUAUUCACCGCGUCUGCAGGAAUUGGAGCGAACAAAUACAGAGACUACACUCGUAUUUCUCUCCGAUGUGCGUCUUGAUUUACCUGUAGUGAUGGAGAAACUACGUCAACUCUUUGUGGGCUAUGAUUCGUGUCCACCUCAGGCUAUUGUGCUCAUGGGUCCGUUUACCGCGAGCACACGCAAUCAUCACGAGCUGCGUCAUCACUUGGAUGCGCUGGGUGCUUUGGCCGCUGGUUGUGAGCAGUUGAAAAAGCAAACGGAUAUCAUACUGGUGCCUUCGACCGAGGAUCCCACUGCACCCAACAUAUUUCCACGUGCUCCACUACCAGAAUGCUUGGCCGCUGGUCUGCUCAAGGCCUGGCCACGCACCCAAUUGGCCACGAAUCCUUGCCGGCUGCAGUAUUGCACCCAACAGAUUGUGGUGUGUCGUCUGGAUUUGAUGGCCAAGUUUUGCCGGAACACGUUGCAUUUCCCGCCAGACACCGAGCACAUUGAACAGCAUUUUGCACGCACGCUUGUCUGUCAGAAUCAUCUGGUGCCCAUACAUCCCAUUGCGAUGCCCGUGCACUGGGAUUACGAUCCCGCACUGUGGCUUUACCCCUUGCCCGAUCUCAUUGUCAUGGCGGAUUCGUGUCAGAGUUUUGUUAGUACUCAACAUGGCUGCACGGUGUUGAACACCGGCUCCUUUGUCAAGUCGAAGUUUGCGUUCAAGGUUUAUAUACCGGCGACACGCAGCAUCGAGGACUCGGAAAUACCCGGCGACAUGGAGUUGGCCUAGAGAACGCUUCGUGUUGCCAUCUAAAAUAAUAUUAAGUUGUACUCUACUCUACCCUAUUUUGUGCUCGUUGGUAAGUUGAAUAUACUUUGUAUACUUCUUGUAUCUA